UUGGGGGCUGAGACACCAAGCAGCAACAUGAAGAAUUUAUGCAUUCUUGUUUUCUUGUUGAUAUGUGUGGGUUACUGUCAGGCUAAGUUCUGCUACUCCUGUACUGGGUUUGAUGGCUCAUCCUGUGGGAGCACGACGUUCUGGGGAGAAGACCCACGAGUUGGAAAGACAGAAUGCCCAAGAUUCUGCGUGAAAGAGAUCGGCACGGAUGAGCUGACAAAGAGACGCGUCACAACCAGAGGCUGCGCCGGGAACGACUGCAAAGACGGCACGGUAGGGGGGGUUCAGAAAUACUGCUGUGAAUUCACGGAGUUGUGCAACGGCGCAACCAAGGCGACUACUAGCUUGGCUGUCUUCGCUGCGGCCGCCAUCUUUGCUCUGCUGGUCUAGUUUCCGGAUGCAGUUCCAGACUGUGUAGUGAUAAAUGGAGUAAAAAAGGCGGUCAAACCAAGGGCGCAGUUCAUUAAGCCCGUAAACACAACAAAAAACUACCUAAACACAGAAAAGAAUUGCUGAACAUCAAUAGUUACCAGCCAAAAUAAAAUUAAGUUUACAUUGUUGUGACGUACUGGUGCCCUAUCAUCUUUUGCUCAGCAGAAACAUAAAUGCCAAGCAGCAUAGCGGCUUUAUGAAUUUGGCCCAGCCUGAACUAUCUUUGUUGAAGCCGUCAUCUUUGCUCUACUUUUCUAGUUUUCGGACGCAUUUUUACACGUGUACAUUUUUUAUUCACUAAAAAGCAGUAGUUAGAUGUGCUUUAGCUACGUAUGUUACACUCCUUUGGUUUCUGUACGAAUUAAAAGGGAUCAGCCUUUAGCUUUAUUGAAAACAUAACAAGAGUUUGGGUUAAAGGCAGUGGACACUAUUGGUAAUUGCUCAAAAUAAUUAUUAGCAUAAAA